CCAUGUCAUUUUCACAUUGGUGGGAUUGAAGGAUGCCCUGCAAAGAUUAAGAAUACUGCAUCUUGUCCCUUUCUCCGCAAUAUACCAAAACCUUCCUUUCAUGUGGUUUUGUGACUCUUGCUAAAAUGACCGGAAUAAUUUAAUGCAAGUUGCUGAAAGUUUUUCAGGCUUCGCCCGGGAGACGUUUAGUAAAGAAUGAAAUAAAGAUUUCCAGCUACUCCUCCACUGCGCUGGAUUACGAGAGGGAGCACCACCUCGCUCCUGCCAUCGACUCUCCCAGUAUGACACGCCGCAGCCUUCGGCUGCAUGCUGCCGGCACCGGCCCCUAUGCGGAUGACGGUCUGCUAGACUCCUCCUUCAACCGCAGCGCCACCUACAGUACUGGAGGCUCUGUUCAUUAUGAAAGCAUGACGUCUCUCAGAAGCCGGAGGGCUCUUCACUCGGCGUCCGGCUCAGGGUUCCCGCUCCAGAUGCCGGCGAAGGGCUCACAGCCGUGCCCGGCCCUCGACAGCAGCCUGCACGGCUGCACCGCAAGCGACGCCUCGCUCCUGUCCACCCUGCUCGACGAGUCGAGCAUACAGGAGCACACGCUCGUCGACAGCUUCUGGGGACUGGAUGAGGAUGGAGAUCUAAAAGAUCAGACUAUGCUGGCGGACCACAGCCUGCCGCUGACCUCCAGCCACACAGCUCAGACCCAGACCUCUGCCAUGCACGCUGGAUACAUCUGCAGCGACUGCAUGGGUCACUGUGUUGAGAGGAGAGACAUCCUGCCUGCCGGUCGCUCCUACUCCAAGCCCUGCUCCUCUGCCUACUGCUCAUACUCUGCCACCGCCUCCCAUCCCCAGACGACAGUCUACAGUCGAGAGAAGAGCCGUCGGCACAAACCCGGUGUGCUGCGGUUGCUUUCUGGGGCCUUCCUGUAUAACAACAGGCGGGUUGUUGCAACUGUGACACAUGCGUUCAUACUGCUUAUACAGAGCGCUGUGCUGAAGACUCAGCGACAGGGCAAAGCCCUAUUGUGCUCAGUGAAGGAUGGGGGGGUGUGGGUGUGCAGGAGGUUGGCUGGUUCUGUAGCUGCAGCCGUCGCUCUGCUGACUCACCCCACUGGCCUGAGGGGGCCCGACCGUGGCAGUACAAGCGGAGUUCACAGUAGAUACUGUGGAACCAUGAAUCUAAAUGAAUGUGUCACUCAGAGGAACAACCCAAAUCUCAGUGGCCCUCUGUGCGAUGACUGCAAAGUGAAACAAAAUCCGAAGACAUGCCCAGUCCACACGUGGUCUUCCAGGGCCCAGCACUUAGUCGGGAUUCUGUGCUUCCUUAUUUCCUUCACAGGCAGUGGUCUGGUGAGGGCGGGGCAAGGGCUUCUUUCAGCUGGCUGGUUCGUCGUGCAGAAGAUUCCGUCCAUUGUCUGUUUGCCUGCAGUGUUUCCAGGCAGGGCAGCUUCAGGGGCAUUCUGGUGGCUGGGAGCAGCGUGGUACCAGUUGGUCCUUCUGAUGACCCUAUUGAACACCUUGUUCUUGACAAGGUGCGUGCCCACACUGCGACUGUUCCUCCUCAUUCUGCUUCCCCUUCUGCUGCUCCUUGCUUUCUGCUGGUGUCCCUCCAGCUUGUGGGACUUUCUGCCUGUGGCAGACGUGACGACGGGUCAUCACCUGAUCUCCCCCUCAGAUCCAGCACCUGUAAGCGAGGAUCUACCCUGCUUUGGCCCGUCACACACACACAGUCCGGACUUGGAGAGGCUGGAGAGGAUGGAACGGAGCCUGGCCCAGCUGUGGGAGCGGGUGGCGGCGGACAGCGUGCAGCAGGAGCGACACGCCAAGGUACUGGGCCUCUGUCGCUCGCUGCGUGACAAGCUGCGUGCGCGCAUGGACAGGGAGAGCCUGGAGCGGUGGGUGAGCGGCCUACUGGAACAGAGGGUCACCCUACUCAAGGAUGAGCUGGCCAGGGAGAUGCUGCAGCCAUCACUGCAGCGUCAGGAAGAGGUUGAAACGGAGGGACAGGCCCAGGAGUCUCGGCUGGUAAAGGUGGAAGUUCUUCUUCAGAAGCUGGCACUCAGAACAGAGGAGUUACAGAGAAGAGGCGAGGCGGAGACAUCGUUCAUCAGCAGGGGAGCAGACGUCGCCUCCCACGCCGUCCUGCUGGCAGAAGUGCGCAGGCUGGAAGAGGCGCUGGGCACCGUCAGGGCAGACCUGCAGGGCGUGAUGGCCUGCCAGGGGAGAUGUCAGCAGCUGGACUCCCUCCAUGAUGCAGUGUCAGAGAAGGUGAGGCAGGAGCUGCGCACCCUUCUGUAUGGCGCUGAGGGACCAGAGCCAUCAGGUCCUCUGCUGCAGUGGCUCUCUACUCAGUACGCCAGCAGCCACGACCUGCUGGCCUCCCUCGCCGCCCUCGAGGAGAGAAUUCUGGGUAACUUGUCCCUUCAGUUGGAGCAAACGCAACAAAAGCCCAGCGCUGAGACGGUCACCCAGGCUGUGCUGCAAACCGCAGGCAAAACGGGCUUAUCAGAAGAGCAUGUGCAGCUGAUGGUGCAAAACGCUCUGAAGCUGUAUUCCCAGGAUCGCAUUGGCCUUGCAGAUUAUGCACUGGAGUCUUCAGGUGGCAGCAUCUUAAGCACACGCUGCUCAGAAACGUACAAGACCAAGACGGCCCUGAUGAGUCUGUUCGGCCUGCCACUGUGGUAUUUCUCUCAGUCUCCCCGCGUGGUCAUACAGCCGGACAUAUAUCCUGGGAACUGUUGGGCGUUCCGAGGUCCGCAUGGAUAUCUAGUGAUCCGUCUGUCCAUGAAGAUCGUGCCCACAGCCUUCUCCCUGGAGCACAUCCCCAAAGCCCUCUCACCUACUGGCAACAUCCACAGUGCACCGCGCAACUUCACAGUCUACGGUCUAGAACAUGAAGAGCAGGCAGAAGGGCAGCUCCUGGGGAACUACAUCUACCAGGAGGGCGGUGACACUCUUCAGACUUACCCAGUCAAGGAAAACAAAACAGAUUCCUUUCGAUUCAUCGAGCUCAGAGUUCUGAGUAACUGGGGUCACCAGGAAUAUACAUGCCUGUACCGGUUUCGUGUGCAUGGUGAGCCUGCACCACAGUGAUCAUGCACCGACCUGGAUUUGGAUCACUCUGUUUAACACUGGAGUUACUGGACCAUUUUUUCGGUCCAGUAUGGGGACACCCUCAGAUUGACUUCCACACUUGGUGUCCUUGCCUCUCUCGCACACAACACAGUCUUCUUGCAGUUGUGCUUCUCUAAGUAUUUUGGUUCAGCUACCACAUGGGCACUUGGCAGCAGUUCUGAAUUGCACUGGAAAACAGUUAGUAUGUUACAACCAAAUAAAACGUACUAGAAUGUAUUUUAAGCUACAUAUUGUAAAUGUUGUUAAUACUAAGCAAAAAUGAUAAUUUACCUUUUGCAACAUUCCUGUAUAUAUUGUAAUGACUUUCAAGUGCCCAGAUGAAACAGGUUAUUAAUCACUAUUUAUUUUGUUUUUGAGUUGAUCUUAGUAAGUCUUUGUAUUGUGUAUUUUUGUAAAUGCUUUUCAAAUUAUUUGGUAAUUAUCUAUGGACCAGAGGUUGGUUUUUGCAAUUAAAUUAUAUUUUGUUUGUAUGGAAUGUUCAAAUAAAGAACCUUUUUAGAAAUAA